AUGUUCAGCAAACGCUUCGAGCCACCGCCGAGCAAGAGCUUCUCCAAGAGUCAGAAGGUCAGCAAGUCAAAUUCAUCAUUCAGCAAGACCCAUGGGGUCUCCAAGAGUCGCCACGAGUCGUCCCGUCGGCGCCCGGGAACAGCCACGACAUCGCAGCCCGCUGGGACUGACCCUACCAUGUCGCCAAACAGCACCCUCACUCCUUCCAUCGUCACACUUAUCAUUGGGCGAGACCAGAGGAUCUUCGCCGCACACGAAGACGUACUCCGUGCCUCUCCAUGGUUCCAACAAGCGUUGACCGAUCAAUACAUGGACUCGCAGAAGCGCAUCCAUCUCCCCGACGAUGAGCCCGAGAUCUUCUCGUCGGUACUCGAAUAUCUCUACAAGGGCGACUACUACCCUCGUCUGGUUCACAACAAGCGCCGGAACUCUUGGGAGAUUGAACAAGUCGACGAGGAAAGAGGAGCGAAUGAGUCGACAAUCUACCAUCAUGCCAUCGAUGGAGAUAUCCUGAAGGACACCGUCAUCUACUGCACCGCUGACAAGUACGGCUUGGAAGAACUCAAGCGGGUUUCUCUGCGCAAGCAAGGUCUUCAGUCUGGCAUUCAGUGCAGCACCAUCUUGGCUUCGGCUCGCUAUUCCUACUGCCAUACACCCGACACCGACUCGAAGCUGCGUGCACACUACCUGGCUCUGAUCAUUCGAAGUCGGAGCACCUUCAAGCGGAGCGGCACGAUGCAACUUGAGAUGUUCAACGGUGGCACUAAGCUGUUCUUCGACCUCUUCGUCGCCCUGUGCAAUCAUGUUGACGACAUCUCCAGCGCUUCAAACACACCUCGAAGCAACCGGUUCUUUUAA